GAAUCACAAACACUUCGCACGCAGUCGCGAGAGAAAAGGGACAUGUUGGAAACUGACAGACCCGCGUAACCGUUCGUUUGGGGGGUGCCGCACACCCUUUCAGAGAUGGGCUACUUUGCCCUAAGACGCAUGAAAAUGAACUGAAGAGUGAAGCUACUAUCUGGGCAAUGUGUGGUUUGAAUGGACAUUCAUAUGUAUGAGUUAUUUGAAGUUUAAAAUGUGGGCGAUGGUGGUGUUAUCGAGAGCCAGCUCUCCCUUCCCUUCGUCUAGGACAAGAUGGCAGCAAUGCAGGCACACUGUGCAUGGUAUGGCUUCAUAAGUCCAUAACAUGUUCAGAAAAGACCUGGAUUAUACCCAUUGGGACUCUAUGUGAAGAGCUCUGGAGUGGGAUGCAUUGGAACAUUGGAGGAAAUAUACGUAAAAGGUAUGGCCUCACAAGUUUUGGUCUACCCACCACACAUUUAUCAAACCCAGACAAGUGCCUUUUGCAGUGUGAAGAAACUCAAAGUCGAGCCGAGCAGCUGUGUUUACCAUGAGAGGGCCCACCCGUGGACUUAUCUGAACGGCAGAUCCAUCGGCAUCGCACAAGCAACCAAACAAGCCCGCUCACUCGUGAGCCGAGAGCCGGCGGUGAGCACCAGAGUGCGUGGUGGACAACAGCACCCGGUGCAGACAGUGGUGGUACGCGGAGUAAAGAGGGAGCCGGCCGGUGAGAAGGAGGGGAAAGGCCCAGCCGAGGCUCAAUUGCCCCAGGACGCAGACUUUGUCCCGUCGCAGGGUCAGCGGACACAACAGACAGAAACAGGAAGGGUGGGCAGAAGUGGAGCAGCAGGGGCAGGAGGAGGAGGAGGGGGAAGGGGAGAGGGCUGCCGAGAAGGCGGAGGCGGGGGCGACGUGGAGGAGGAAGGUGACGGGGAAGACGAGGACGGUGGAGGUUUGAACACAGCGGAUAGCUUCCAGCGAUGUGGGUUGAAACGUAAAAGUGAGGAGCUAGGAAAGCAAGGGAGCGCCAUGCAGAUAGUGGAGGAACUAUCUAUGUUACCUGCCAUGUUGCAAACAACGAAUGUCGGUAAUGCAGCCGGGCCUACGGCUGCAGCAGUUGGGGCAGGGGCGGGGGUGCCCACAAAGCAGGUUGGCGGGGCAGGCGCAAGUGGAGGGGAUGGGGACUACCAGUUGGUAAAGCAUGAAGUGCUGUGUUCCAUGAAGAACACCUACGAGGUGCUGGAUUUCCUGGGCCGGGGCACAUUUGGUCAGGUGGUUAAGUGCUGGAAGAGGGGCACGGGUGAGGUGGUAGCGGUGAAAAUCCUCAAGAACCACCCGUCAUACGCGCGGCAGGGCCAAAUCGAGGUGGGAAUUCUAGCCCGUCUCAGUGGGGAGAACGCAGACGAGCACAACCUGGUGCGAGCCUUUGAAUGCUUCCAACACCGCAGCCACACCUGCCUGGUGUUUGAGAUGCUGGAGCAGAACCUGUACGAUUUCCUGAAGCAAAAUAAGUUCAGCCCUCUGCCCCUGAAAGUGAUCCGGCCCGUGCUACAGCAGGUUGCAACCGCCCUGAGAAAACUGAAGAGUAUGGGCCUGAUCCACGCGGACCUCAAGCCCGAGAACAUAAUGUUGGUGGACCCUGUGAGGCAGCCUUACAGGGUGAAGGUGAUCGACUUCGGCUCGGCCAGCCAUGUGUCCAAAGCGGUGUGCUCCACGUACCUCCAGUCCCGCUACUAUAGGGCUCCAGAGAUUAUCCUGGGACUGCAGUUUUGUGAAGCCAUAGAUAUGUGGUCGCUGGGCUGUGUGAUAGCAGAGCUCUUCCUGGGAUGGCCUCUGUACCCGGGCUCCCUGGAGUAUGACCAGAUCCGCUACAUCUCUCAGACACAAGGGUCCCCGGGAGAGCUUCUGCUGAACGCGGGCACCAAGACGGGCAGGUUCUUCUGCAGAGAGCCGGACUCGCCCUACGCACCGUGGAGACUAAAGUCGACGGAUGAGCAUGAGAAGGAGACAGGAAUGAAGUCGAAGGAAGCCCGGAAGUACAUUUUCAGCAGCUUGGAUGACAUAGUGCACGUGAACUUGGUGAUGAAUCUGGAGGGGAGCGACCUGUUAGCCGAGAAGGCUGACCGCCGGGAGUUUGUGAGCCUGUUGAAGAAGAUGUUGUGGAUCGACGCGGAGAAGAGGAUAGCCCCCGCCGAGGCCCUCAACCACCCCUUUGUCACCAUGCAACACCUGCCCGACUUCCCCCAUAGCAACCAUGUCAAGUCAUGUUUCCACAUCAUGGACGUGUGCCGGACACGGCCCGGACCGUACGACGCCAUGAACAGAAACAAGGGUCAGUUUGUCCGACCCAUGCCCCCCUCCAACGGCCCAGUCAACCACCCGUUCAGCAAAAUGGCCGCUGUCCAUACACAAGGGUUAGCCCCAUCAGCCCCCUCGGUGAUGCAUCCUGGGAUACCGAUGCAGUCAGGAAGUGUGCAGUUUGGCUGCAGCGAUUCAUUUCAGCAGGCACUCAUUCUGUGCCCCCCGACCAUCCAAGGAAUCCCCACCAAUGGAGCCAAGCCGUCAGGCUACUCUGUUAGAAUGGACACUGCUGUCCCUCUGGUCACUCAGGCACCCCCCAUCCAACCCCUCCAGAUCCGACCCGGAGUCAUGACCCAGCAGACCUGGUCCAACCGCGCUCAGCAGAUCCUGGUCCCCGCCUGGAACCAUAUGACCUCGGUGGCCCCUCCACCAACCACACUGGCGUCUGACACUGUGGCGGGCCCGCAGAGGCUGGCAGAGUGGGGGAAAGUGCGUUCCCAUGGCAACCAUUACAGCACCAUGAUUGCCCACCCUCAGAGCCUCCUGUCCAACCAAAUGACCCUGUCUGCCCAGCAGCCAAUCAGCAUAGGCAUUGCCCAUGUGGUAUGGCCACAGCCUGCUGCCAACAAGAGGAACAAGCCCUGUGUCAACAGGUAUGGUGAAAGGGGUACGAACUUCUCCCACCACAUAGACAUCCAAAACUCAGCAUGCCAGUCCCCAAAGAUGGCCGACACAGCCAAGAAUGUAGACGAGGUCCGAUGCCCCGGGGAGGCGCGGACCGCCACUGCCGCCGCCGCGCCCGAGGCGAGCCGCGAAGAGGAGGUGGAGGAGGGCUGCUGCAGGCAGGAGGCCGCGUGUGGGGAGCCGUCGUCCCAGGGGCAGCGUCAGGCCAUGGGGGUCUCCGACCUGGCCAGCCCCGCCAGCGUCAUCACCAUCAGCAGUGACGAAGAGGAGGGCGCACAGCCGCACGCACACGGAGAGUGUAAAGGCGGGGCGGCGUGCGAGGCGUGCGAGAGCACCGUGAGCAUGGAGCGGGUGUGUUCCCUCAGCAGUCCAGACAGCACGCUCAGCACCAGCUCCUCCUCAUCGGCCCAGUCCAGUGCCUCGCCGCGCACACACUCCAACAGUAUGUCAGAUGACGAACCGGAGAGCGGCUGUGACACGGUGGACGGAUCGCCGGCCUCCGACUGCUCCGCCCACAGCAGCAGCCCGUUCCAAGAGAGGCCGCCGUACAUCGCCGGCGGCAACCAGAACUGCCAGCCCCGCGUCGCGUGUGUCGCUCCGGAGACAGAGCCGGGGAAGCCCACCGUGCGCACCAUGGUGGUGCCCCCGAUGGUGCUGCACAACAACAACAACAACCCCGGCAUGGCCGACCCCAGCCACACAGGUCUCAUAGUCUGGGAUUACGUGACCCUAGUAAGGUUCCCUGGUUCCCACAGUCUUGGACCCAUCGUGUCAGUCCAGAGGGCGGGGCUUUACUGGCCGACACCCCCACCACUCCGUGCCCCUCCUCAACAGGCCCCAAAAGAUGCCUCCCGCAUUCCAGCCCCAGCAUCAGCCAGCCAUGGGCUUUGGGCAGGUGCAGCAUUACGGACCCUGCCACCAGGAAUGGAACGGAAACUAUUCCCGCCGCCGGCCGCAGGCCUACAUCCCCCCUACCAUGCAUGGCCACGCCUUCACCCUCUCCCACAGCAGCCCAAACCACAACACCGGCCCCCACUCCCACCCCCACCCCCACCCCCACCCCCACAUGGGGGGCCACCCCCACCCCCAGCCCACCCUGCUCUCCUACCCGCCGUCUUGCCCUUCGCUGGUCACGGCCGCGCCCGUGGCCCACCUCCUGGCCUCGCCCGGGGGCGGGCCCCGCCCGGUGCUGCAGCCCACCUACAGCAUCGCGCACCCGGGGGGGCUGGUGCACCAGGUCACCGUGGGCAUCAACCCCCGCCUGCUGCCCUCGCCCACCCUGCACCACCCCGGCCCCUUCAAGCCCCUCUUCCCGCCGCACUCCUACAUCGCCUCGCCCGCCUACGCCGGUUUCCCCCUCAGCCCCACCAAAAUCAACCAGUACCCCUACAUCUGAGGGUCCGCCGGCCGCCCGCCCCCCCCGCGCAACACCUCCGCCCGGGGGUCGAGUGGGCGGGGUCGGUGCUCUCCAGGAACACGCACAACACGGCGCUGGUGCCCAGGGCGGUGUUGGCACAACCACAGAGACAGCAAGUUAUUUUUUGAAUCAUGUAUACUUGGGUGUAUUUGAACUUUGAAGCUUUAAAAGAGAGGGUUCUGGUCAUUUGGGGGGGGGUAGGUUGGGGAAGUGCGGGGGGAAUAGAAUAAGAAAGUAAAAGGAAUUGGUGUAUGAGUGACUGACUGAAUGAAUGACUGAACAAAUACGUAGGUAAGAAACUCACACUCAAUGUGUUUUGCACAUUUGAUAUACCUUUGCAUUGGAUCUUCUAUGAAUACUCCUCAAAACAGGUAAAUAAUUGGGGUGGUGUUGAAUAGUAAAACUUUGCACCCCUUGAUCCCAGCUAUUUUUAUAUAUUGCCUUCUUACAUGUGCAAGACACAUUCAUCUUUGUAAAGCCAUCCCAGUCUCCAGCUCUCGGUUGACAGAUGCACAUGUCGUCCACAGUGCGUUUGUGUGUGUGUGUGUGUGAGUGUGUGUGUGGUUGUGCGCGUGUGUGUUGUAAUGCGUUUCAAGUAUUUGUACUUUUCGGUGUCUUUUGGUGUUUGCAAUGUCGAGUCAAGUAACUGAUUUUAGAUAAGUUUGUCCCCCACACUGCAUGUGGUCUUGCAUGAGCAGAAAAAUGUAAAAGGAAAGAUAUGUAGACGUUGCUCUUAAUGUUUGUGUCACAAGACCCGCUGCAUCGUAUAAAUGUCCCUCCCCGCCAUAGUGCCUUACAUAUUUGAGGUUGUUAAUGUUACUACUUAUAUAUGACUAUAUACAUGGAUAUUAAUGUACUGGACUGCAGCACUUGAAAUUCCAAUCAGUCGAUGCAUCCUAUGUGUGAGUAUAUAUAUAUGCACAUAUGUGUAUAUGUCCAUGCAUAGCAUGCAUGGAUGUGAUGUAUCGCGGAAAGCCGUGCUUUAUUAUAAUUUUGGGGUUCAAUGUGUACUUCAGUGUGUCGUGAGUUAACUUUCUGUUCUCUAUAGAACAGCAUGCUUUGCUGUUGCGAAUGCCUGCCGUUAUCAUUUCAAGGUUUGUUUUUCAUUUUCUCUCCCCGAAUGAAUUGGUGUAUAAUGUGCAAGUAUUGAGUUAUGGCAUAAUAUUUGAUAAUCACUUUCUAUUUAGUGAAACUCUUACUACUACUACUACUACUACUACUACUACUAACAGUAUUUGUACUGUUUGAAACUGCAAUACAAUCUUAUUAAUCAUAGGUCUUUUGUUUUGUUUGUGUCUCUGUAAUUUGAUUUGUUUUGUUUUUUCACUUAGUUUUCUAGAUGUGUGUGGGCAUGGCUUUGGUUAGGUGAGGGCGAUAAUGCUAAUUUAAUUCAGUAUGAAAUGUUGUACGCCCGUGCAAACCAUGCAGUAUUUGAUAUAAACACAUAUAUAUAGAUAUAGAUAUAUAUAUGGACAUAUAUUAUAGCGCUAGGUUACUUAGUGCAGACGCUUAAUAAGGUGUGAGUUAAUUGUGUGCAAUUCUCAUUUAUGCAUGUGUGACAAAGUUAAAUUUGACCCUUUUACAUUGUACCGUUUGUGUUUUGAGGCUUUUUGGUGUGUUGACUGCGUAUUUUAUACAUUCCGUCAGGGAGAAUAUAUAUAUAUAUAUAUUAUAUAUUAAAUUAUAUAAUAUAUAUAAUAUAUAUUAAAAAAAUUGUGCGUUUUCGGUUUAUUUUACUAGUACAUUUUCAUCUUUUCUGUUAUGAAAUUGCUUAUGCCGCACCAAAGACUGUAAUUGGGUUUUUUUCUGAGCAAGGUAGCUAUUCUGUUUGCAUAGACCUCGAAUAUACUGUAGUCGUAGAAAAUGGGGUUGUAUAUGACGCACACAAAAAAAAGGUAUUUAAAAAUGGCUGAGGUUUUGCCUCGCUUUUGGGCAAUUAAUAAGUCGUCUCAUUUUGCGUUGUGUGUUAUUUCUUUCUUGAAUGUAUCAUAGAUAAGCUGCUACAUGAUGAUCGCCACUUCAAUAGCUGUGAAAUUAGGUGAUAUCUGAGUGUAAAUCUAGCGUUCCUGUUUUCAUAUAGGUCCCUAAUUAUCUGAACUAGAAGUGGUUUUAAUUUGAGUGUGUGUUUUGUUUUUGCUUCCCUGUUUGGAGUGUCAUUGUAGUAACUACUGUACUGCUGAUGGUAGACAUGCGUUGCAUUUGUUGUUUUGGGGGUUUAGGGGGCCUUGGGGUUGGGGGGGGGGGGUUAGGCUGUUUUUUUUUUUGCAUCAGUAUUUUAUCCCUAUUAACCUUUUCAGGCUCAUCACUGCAUAAGAAUGAUGUAUUGAUGUAACUUAAUUUUUUGUACGUUUUCAUAUUGCUGUUUUGUAGACAUUUAAAGCUGUAGCUUGCAGGAUUGUUUUAACUCUCACCUGGGUAUUUAUAGUUAGUGUAGGAGGGGAAGUGCUGUCGGGUGAUUGGGGUGUGUGUGCCUGUGUUAAAAAGAUGACAAACACACCACCUGGUAUAGAGGAUUAGACUAUGCAUCCAAAAAACACAUUUACCCAAGAUAUUUGUUCCAAAAAUUUCUUUUUUUGAUUUAAUUUUUUUGCGCAAAAUCUGAACCAAUAUUUAUUGCUUCCCUUUCGUCUGGUCAAUGUUAUAUCUGAAGACGGUAUCCGUUCCACGUUUUUGGAAUUGCCCUCUGUUCGAAUCGCUCUCCCCUUUACAAGUGUGUCAUGUCAAAAUGGGUGUCGUCCAACCUGAAACUGUGGCUGCCGUUCUUUGUUACAUAUUAAUUUGAAGACAGUGUGAGCAGCACUGCGCUGGUGCCUUGAGAUCCAGGAAGAGAGAGGUCUUAGAUCCAUUUGAAUUGCCACGGCCACAACAGUUUCAAAUCCAAUCUGUUACGGAGAGUCACGUUAAGUCCUGUAAACGCGUCCUCAAACGAGGGUUAGUCAAUAAACACGUUAAUGACUUCCCAAGAAGCUACGGUGGUAUAAUUUCUCCUGAUAUCGACAAAGAAGGAACUGCGCUCGCUGGUUUCAACCAAACCUUUCUUGGCGACACACAACUGCACACUCACGCACUCACUUUAGAUGUGGACACUUUGAUAGUCACACCGUUAAAAAAUAUUUAAAUAGGCAAACGCAAUAUUUAACAUUGUCUGGUCAUUGCACCACCAAGUGUUCUUAGAUAGUUCCAUGCAUUUCAUUCACUUGCAUGUUAACCCAAGUUUCUUCACUCGACUGCUGAGAAGUCUGGCAGAAUAUAUUUCUGGCCUGGCUUAAGUAGGACUUUGGCCUGGAUUUGUUUUACUUGGGUCAUCCCAAUCUCUUCAAAUCGACCAGUCUUACAUUUUACUUCCAUGGCACAUACACCAAAUGGUUCCUCAAUUACAACAGGUCAGCAGCUAAAAUCAGUCCCAUGCAAAUAUCACAAACGGUGUAACCAAUUGGAAGCUGGUCUGCAUCAGAGAUGGCAUGGUUAAAUUCUGACCCCCAGUGGACUUGGUGGAUGUUGAACAUGCAUUAUGGAAGGAUAUGGCUCUCUCAAUGAGGGUAUAGUGACUUCAAUCCAGAAUCAGUCGUAUGUGAUUGAAACACUUCAUCACUGACGCGUGUUUAGGUAGCUUUUUUGCCUAUAUGCUUUCAUUAUGUCAUACAUUUUUUCAUUUGGAAAGUAAGCAUAUAACAGGGCAUGAACUUUGCAGUGCUUGACGUAGUUUUCCACAAAUAAGCAUGUGUAAUGUAAAAAUGUAUGAUUCCUGCAAAGGUGUUCACCAGCAAUUUGCCUGCACAAACUCCCACACCUACAGAGGUCAAAAAGAUGGAUGCAAGACGAGAGAAAUCUUAAAACUGUUCAUUUGUUUCCGACAAUAUCGACAGCUGGUAAAACACAGUGGUUUUUCAAAACGACACAAAAGUAAUGACUUUUACUAUACAUCCUCUGCUGCGGUAUUAUACUUUCGUGACAAUUCAGGGUUUGUAUUCGUCCAACAUGCUACUGUGUUUUACUAUUCUGAAAUGUUCUUGGUCAUUGUAUCAAUUUCAAAGUUAAUUCACACUGCAAGUUAUGGAAUCUAUCUGUUUGGCUUGCUCAUCAAUUAGGCUCGAUUGUGAAAUCUGAACUGUUACUCUUUAAAUUCUUGUCGAUUUCUGUGGCUUGUUUUCCUUUCUAAAUUCAUUGAGCUUUUUUUUCAUUUUGUGCUACAAUAGUUUGCCAUGUAGCAAUUGCACUGUGCAAUAUUUACAUUAUGAGGACUGGGAAAACUAACUCUGGAUGUGAUGUCUAUUUACCGUUUGCGAUAGUGUUUCCUCUAGUUCUCAGUGAUUUAGGUGUGACCAAGCCUUCUCUACUUUGUCACAUUAAGCGGGUUUUCCAGGUUACUCUUGGUGAGUGUCAAAAUAAGACUUUAUGGUGUAUUAUUGUUAAGAUUCACUUUGAAUUAAAAAAAAUCUAUUGCUGCA